AUGAAACAUAGUCGACCCCCCUCAUCCCCAUCUUCCCCUCCCCCCAUCGUCCUCUCUUCCCCUUCCCCCACCUCCCCCACCUCGUUCCCCUCUGCCAGGCUCAUUGUGGUGGGCCUUGCUCCUUCUCAUGCAGCGCUGGCAACAGAUCGGACGAUUUCAGCCGUUGAUUUCCACGUGGGCAAGAGGAGCCGCCUGGAGAUGGAGGCCACUGGCAAGAACAAACAGAGGGCGACACCUCUGGAUGCCAACUCAGCUCUCUGCAAGAUCCUCAUGGUGACGUCACCUCCUGAUACAGUCACAACCGCUAGUGGUGACGCCAAAGCUACCGCCACACUACCGAAUGUGACUGCCUCUGCAGUUUCUAACGCGGCAGAUCCAGCAUCUGGCAGCAUUGCCGCAGGCAAUGGCAGCUCGAUUUGCGUGUCAGAAAGAGCAGCAGCUCUGCCCUCUGCCACCGAUACAGUCACAGCACCUGAUACAGUCACAGCCACUGAUACAGUCACCGCCACUAAUGCAGUCACAGCCACUGAUACAGUCACGGCCACUGAUACAGUCACAACUGGUAAUACAGUCACAGCUGCUGUUACACUUACAGGUUCCCGUGGUGCAGCCGCAGAUGGUGGUAAUCCAUUGAAUUCCAACAAGAGGAGCAGAGAUAAUGAGGAAAGACAGCCGAAGAUAGGGGGUAGCUUGGGAUCAAGAGACGAGAAAGAUGAAGCAGGAAGGAAUGGGCAGCGGCAGGAAAAUGGCCGAGGAGGAGAGAAGAAUGGGCAGGGAUAUGGAUUCUACGUUGCAAGGUGCUGCGUCAAGGGUCGUCUGAUAGAGGUCAAUCGACAGCUGGCCACCAACCCAAUGCUGCUCAGAGACAAAUUCGCCACUUGGCUGGAUGACCUGCAGCUGUUCCUUCUGAGCGAUAGCAAGGAGCAUGUGUCGCUCUAUGAUUACGCGUCUGGUGCUGCACCUGCCCCUCCUGCCACAGCUGAGCUUAGUGUUCGUUCCCACUGGCAGACUCGUGACGCAGCUGCUCGCCUAGCCAUUCGCAGUCACCUGCCGCUAGCUGAGCUCGAGCAUUUUGGCGACUGCAAAUCCGCUAAGGCCCUGUACGAUGCUGUCGUUGCUCGCUACUCCUCGCCUGCCACAGCCGAGCUUAGCCGCCUCAUGCUGCCGUACCUGUUCCCUGAGCUGUCCACCUUUGCUACAGUCGCCGAUCUUAUCACUCACCUUCGCACUAGUGAUGCUCGCCUGCGUGCCGCCCUUCCCACCGAGUUCUGCGCUAAGAAUCCCCCUCCACUGUACUGGACACUCCACUUCAUAGUCACCCGUCUCCCUGACACCCUCAGCUCAGUUCGAGACCACUUCCUUGCUCGCUGUCCCACUGAGCUCACAGUCGCCCUCCUAGAGGAGCAGCUGCUAGCGGCCGAAAAGAGCAUUGUAGCUGUCGGUGCUGCUCGUGGCGCUCCUCGCACCCCCAUCUUUGAGGGGUGUUCUCCCUCUCCCCUCGCUCCCUCCUACGCUACUGCUGCUGCUGUUGACUUCCUUGGUGCUGACUCCCAGCAGCAGCAGCGUCCCCAGACGACCCAACAGCUUCGUGAGUGGCUUGCUCAGCGUGGGACGUCGGGGGGCAGUGGCCGCUGUUCCUAUGUCAUUCGCACAGGUGACCGCAAGGGACAGACGUGUGGGAGGUUCCACACCCCGUACCGCUGCUUCUCCCGCCUUGACGACGCUUGGCGUGAGGAGAUGGGCGAGGAUGUUGAGCGCCCCAACUGGGCUGAGCUCAUGAGGGCUGGUGUUGAUAUCUUUGCUCUUGACUAUGAUGCUAUUAUUGCUGCCAUGUAUGCAUUGACUGUUAGUGCCGAGGGAGACUGUUACUUGUGUGUGCCGCCUGACCCAGGUAUAGAGCCCGCUGCCCUGGGUACUAGUGAGUCUGCUCUCUCUGGUAUGGUGCCCCCUGUACUUGCUCCCUCCAGUGCUGUCCCGGCUGUUUGCGAGUCUGCUCUCUCAGGUACAGCACCCACAGAGACUGCUCUCUCAGGUACCGCACCGGCUGAGGCCUGUCACACCUUCACCCUUGACUCAGUCCUUGCCCAGUCCACCACUGUGCUCCCUUGUCCGGCGGUUCCGUCUGGCUCGUUGUCGGGUUUCCACCUCCCCUCGUUCUCGACGAACCUGGUGAGCAACGCUGUCAUCCAGGAUCAGUGGGUUGACACCUUUACCCCUGGAGGACAGCGUGUGGCGAUCUGCACGUGCUCCAGGACCGGCCGUCACCUGGCUACGUUUACCCGUCGGCCGGGGUCGAGUCUCUACACACUGACCACUGCGUCUCCUCAGGUUGCUGCUGUCGGUCAGGUGUCCGCGUCAGGUCUGGUGGCCCACGCCUCCCGCGUUCGUGGCCAGGGCGGUGAGCGGUACUUUUUGCUGGUUGUCGACGACUACUCGCGUUACACCACGGUCUUCCCCUUGCGCACCAAGGGUGAGGUCCCUGCUGUUCUGAUCCCUUGGAUCCGCACAGUUCGUCUCCAGCUCCGCCGCCGUUUCCGGACGGAUCUUCCUGUCCUGCGUCUGCACUCUGACAGAGGUGGUGAGUUUUCCUCCGAUCUCUUGAGGACCUUCUGUCAGGCGGAGGGCAUCGAGCAGACCUUCACGCUUCCGGACUCCCCACAGCAGAAUGGGGUUGCUGAGCGCCGCAUUGGCCUGGUCAUGGAGGUCGCUCGUACCUCCUUGGUCCACGCGGCGGCUCCCCAUUUUCUGUGGCCGUUUGCUGUCCGGUACGCCGCGCAUCAGCUCAACCUCUGGCCCCGUGUCUCCUUGCCGGAGACCUCGCCCACACUGCGUUGGACGGGGGAGGUUGGCGAUGCGUCGCGCUUCCGGGUGUGGGGUGCUCGUGCCCUUGUCCGCGAUACGUCCGCGGACAAGCUCUCCUCCCGCACGCUUCCCUAUGUCUUCCUUGGCUUUGUCCCUGACGCGCCGGGCUGGCAGUUUUACCACCCCACCUCGCGCCGGGUCUUCGCCUCUCAGGACGUCACCUUUGACGAGUCGGUCCCUUUUUACCGUCUCUUCCCCUACCGCACUGCCCCCCUCCCUCCCCCGCCGCUUUUCCUUGCUCCUGGUCCCCCUCCGGUAGACCCCCUUCCCCCUCAGGGUCCUGCUCCUUCAGACACCAUGGCUUCGCCAGCUGCGAAUACGACAAUGUCGAAUGUGACAGUAACGGAGGUGGCUAUGGCGGAGAUGCUAGCGCAGCUGGCGGCGGUUGAGGCGGAGUGGGUGAGCGUAGCGGCGCGCGCGAAGGGCAUCGUGCCGCUGACGUCGGGCAUAUGGCGGAUGAUGGCCGCCUUCAUCGUGCUCUUCAUGCAGCUGGGCUUCUCCCUAAUAGAGGCGGGCACCGUUCGAUACAAGAACACGCGCAACAUAAUGAUAAAGAACGUGCUCGACAUGUGUGUCAGCGCCAUCGCCUUCUGGCUCAUCGGCUUUGCCAUCGGCUUUGGCAGCGGCUCUGAUUUUAUUGGCUGGCAAACACCCUCAGGCUCGGUGUCACUGGCAGUGGUGCCUCACGAGAGCGGGUCGCUCUUCUUCUUCAACUUUGUCUUCUGUGCCACCAGCGCCACCAUCUUUGCUGGUGCCGUGGCCGAGAGGACUCAGAUCACCGCCUACCUCUUCUUCAACUUCUUCCUGGCAGCCAUCAUCUACCCGGUCAUCGCGCACAUCAUCUGGUCGCACCACGGGCUGCUGUCAGCUGAUGCGGGCGAUUACGUGCUCGGCACCCGGGGCGUGCUGGACAAUGCUGGAUCCAUGGUCGUUCAUGUCACAGCUGGUAACUUUAUUUCGUUUGUAAUACAUUUGACCCUGCUCACAACAGGUGGCGUCACCUCAUUGGUUGCUGCGUGGAUGGUCGGCCCGCGGAUUGGAAGAUUCGAUAUUGACGGCCGCGUUGUACCCUUUAGAGGGCACUCCCUGGUGUUCAUAGCAGCGGGCACCAUCAUUCUCUGGGUGGGUUUCUUUGGCUUCAACGGCGGCUCAGUGCAGUACCUGGGGCAGCCCGCCAACGUGUGGGUGGCUGACGUGGCGCGCGUGUGCGCCAACACCACCGUCUGCGCCGCCUUUGCGGGCGUGGCGGUGUGGUUUGUGACUUACCGGCGGAGGGAGCCCAACCUGGAGGACACACUCAACGGCGUGAUUGGCGGGCUUGUUGCAGCCUGUGCUACAAGUAGUAUUGUGGAGGCAUAUGCUGCUUGCAUCAUUGGUGAGUUAGCCAGCCAGGUGGGCGUAGUGGACGUGGCGGUGUGGUUUGUGACGUACCGGCGCAGGGAGCCCAACCUUGAGGACACGCUCAACGGCGUGAUUGGCGGGCUCGUUGCAGCUUGCGCCACGAGCAGCAUCGUGGAGGCGUAUGCUGCAUGCAUCAUUGUUGCGGGCGUGGCGGUGUGGUUUGUGACGUACUGGUGCAGGGAGCCCAAUCUGGAGGACACAUUGAAUGGCGUCAUUGGCGGGCUCGUUGCGGCGUGUGCCACGAGCAGCAUCGUGGAGGCAUAUGCAGCCUGCAUCAUUGUGUGGUUUGUGUCGUACCGGCGGAGGGAGCCCAAUCUGGAGGACACACUGAACGGCGUGAUUGGCGGGCUCGCUGCGGCCUGUGCCACGAGUAGCAUCGUGGAGGCGUAUGCUGCUCGCAUCAUUGGUGAGUCAGCGCGGGGAGCUGGUGAGUCGGCGCGGGAAGCUGGUGAGUCAGCGUGGGGAGCGGGUGAUUAG